AUGCCUAGGAAAUGCAUCUGCACAGGGGUCGAGGUGACGGCCGCGAUACAGGGAGGAAAGGAGAGACCAGAAGCAAAGAGACAGCCCAGCUGCACCGAAUUUCGCUUCGUCUGGCCGCAGAGACGUGUCGCGGCAACACAACCCAAAACGCUGCAUCCACAAUCCGCAGCCCCCCGAAAAAACUCCAUCCAAGGGAUUCCAAAGUCAGCAUCUUUGGUGAUUGAUGGGGCCCUUAAGCUCGCCCCACCCGACACCCGCCCCAAAGGACCAGCCAGGGAUUUGCAGGCGAGGUACAACCUGCAAAGCUUGCAAGGGACACAGCCCACGAACCCACCAGCCUUCACACGGUACUGUAGAGGCACUGCGAGCGAGUGCCUUAUGCUUAACCAUGGUACCUUGCCUGGGCCAAAGGGUCGUCCCUUUUCAACAUUUUAUCCCCGAGUAAUACCAAGGGCUUGUGCAGACAUCCAGACGAUGCAAGAUCGGCUAUUCCGACACAGUCUCUGGCCAUCGUUCACCAGGUUCUCGUUCGGGAUGGCUUCUCCGCCUGUCUCUUGUGCCCCCGUGUUCCGUGACACAUGUAACGUGUACCUGUCCCUGUACCCGUACCUGUACAGAGCGGGAGCUUCGCACAAGGUCCCCCAAUUGCGGGCUUUUGCACAUGCGGAACCCCACAUGAUGGUCAACUCAGUUGCAGGCUGCCGAAUCAAGCUGACGGACCCGAUAGGAGGAAAGCCCGGUGGACUUGCCGAGGUUCUGCCACCAUCCACGUCUGGCUGA